CAAGUAUGCCAAAGCAGGAAGUUGGUGAUGCACCUUUGCUCUUUGAGUGUGCUAUGCACCUUGGGAUGAGUGUGGGACGACAGCUUGGCUUUGAGGACAAAACACGCUGACUGGUGAGCUAAGGUACAUGGUAGUCGGUCAGGAAGCCAGGAUGGACAGCGACGGCUUCCGUUACGACGAGCCGAGAUUCCGUGAUGCCUUGCUGCAGGACAGCAAAAUUCCCCUGGGGGAGCCAUCUUCACAGAAUUCCAUCUUCACGGAAUUCCAUCUUCACGGAAUUCCAUCUUCACAGAAUUCCAUCUUCACCCGGCCCAGUGGCAAAUUCAUCUACAGACAGAGGAAGGAGUUUGGGGAGUUCAUACAGAGGAAGCCAGGCCAGUUCCAGCAUCGAGUGGAGCACCUGCUUACGUGCGAGCUGGACGGCAGGGAGGUAUGCACUCUGGAUGACUGCGUCACCCGCCUGCAGCUGAUGGAUGCCAAGGGCCAGGUCUGGGGGCAGGAGAUGACGCUGGUUGUCCAUGACAACAGCCUGCAGAUGAUCGAUAUUGAGACUAAGGAAAUACUCGAGUCUUUGGCUCUGGGCACCAUUACAGACACAAUGGCUGUGUUGGGCCGCUGUGUCUACAGCUCCCUGCUGCUGGUCGCAGUGCAAACGAGCCACCAGGGGGCGCCCUCUGUCUUCCUGUUCCAAUGUGAAGAAACUGGGGCAGAUUAUGUCCGGAUUGACUUAGAGCGGGUCAUCAAACAGUGGCGGGCAAGCAAGGGACUCCAGAACAGCAAGAGUGACCGUCCAGAAUCUCCUGUACCUAAGUGCACAAUGACUGACAAAUUAAUGGAACAUCCAGUCAGUUUCAGCAGAGUGCAUACAUGUGACCCAAGACAGAAAGAUUCAGAAAGUUUUCAGGACACAAGACAUCCUCUACCACAAUGGCACCAGCCAGAUUAUGAGAACAGUUACACACCCCCUGCCACAACAAGCCAUGCUCAGCCCCCUCCAGCAGAAAGGGAGCCGCCCCCGCCAGUCAGAUACACAGAAACUGAGAGGAACGUGGUCAGUGUCUUUAUCUGUUACAUGACUACGUCAGGAUGCGCAUCAAGUUCUACAAGAAUCACUGGGAAGCUGAAUGGGCUGAUCCAAAACCCCAGUGCUCAGGACUUCAUCCACUCUCUCUUCUCCAUCCUGAGCUUUAUAGUGCCACACUACCCCUCCGAGGUGCCACCCACCAUCGUAGCUCCUCUGCUCACCGAUCAGACCAUCCGGCUCCUCAGCGAGGAGGCCACUGCCGAGGAGGACCAGCUUUGGCAGUCGCUGGGGGAUGCCUGGAACAUUCCCAGCUCUGCGUGGCCAGAUGAGGAUACGGUCCCUCCUUACACCCCAGAGUUUACUGAUGGUUGGCAGCCUCCAUCAGUAGUCAAUGAGAGCCAGGCCACGCCCCUAAAGAAAGGACCCCGCCAACGUCAGAACACCGGCUUCCGUAGCUCAGCACCAAUCAGUGCUGCUGAGGGAUCUUCCCAAUACAUGCGAGCGAUGUAUGACUUCACGGGCAGAAACCACCAGGAGCUGAGUGUCUUAAAGGGCGAUGUGGUGCAGGUGCUGGACCAGUCCAAGCAGUGGUGGAAAGUACGGAAUGAUAAGAACAAGGAAGGUUUUGUGCCCAACAACCUACUGGAAUACAUGGAAGCGGAACCUACCCAGAACGAAGCCUUGCAGGAAACAGGCUCCCCUGCUACUCUCACCAAAUGGUCCAAACCUCAGGAUGUGAAGGACUGGCUGGAAGGCCUGGGAUUCUCACCAGUAACGGUGCGCAGUCUGAGCGUGCUCAGUGGGUCCCUGCUCCUGGGGAUGACCUGGGAGGAGCUAAAGACCAUGUGUCCAGAUGAAGGGGGGCGGGUCUUCUCCCAACUCCAGGCCGUUAAGGCUGCCCUGGUGUGAGGAGCAUGGGCAGAAGGAAGGAAGACACAUGAGGAUGACCUAGAUCUUUCAUCAAAGUUCUAUCACAGCUGACAUGGUGGGAAGAGGAUACGAUAUGCCAGUGGCUUUGGGCCUGUGAGUUUCCAAAAGCCCUGGCUCCAGAGGCACUGUAACGUGUGUGUGUGUGUGUAUAUAUAUAUAUAAAACCAGAGUGUGUGUGAUCAGAUCUGUGCUGUGGAGAUAUGGAGCAAAUCCCUGGGCUGUUUUUGUGGAAAAUGUCACAAAGUGUAUAAUUGGAAGAAGCUUCAAUUAAAAAUUCUUGACCUA